AUGAACCUGUUAGGAUAUUUACCGAUUACUGUUUUGUCAACAUUGCUAGUAUUUGUUGAAUGUGGACGCGACUUCUACAAAAUUCUCGGAGUUCCUCGUAAUGCAAACGCCAACCAGAUCAAGAAAGCAUACCGGGCGCUGGCAAAGGAGUUACAUCCAGACAAGCAUGCAGACGAUGAGUUGGCUCACGAGAAAUUCCAGGAUCUUGGAGCUGCAUAUGAGGUACUUUCUGACAAAGAAAAACGUGCAGCAUAUGACAGAUACGGGGAGGAGGGCGUGAAAAAGAUGAUGGGCGGUGGAGGAGGUGGACACGAUCCAUUCUCUUCAUUUUUCGGCGACUUCUUCGGAGGAGGCCAUGGAGGAGGGGAAGAAGAAAGGCCAAGGGGAGCUGACGUCGUCUUUGAUUUGUUUGUAUCUUUGGAAGAAGUUUACGUUGGUCAUUUCGUGGAAGUCAAGCGCAAGAAAGCUGUCUACAAGCAAACAUCAGGAACGAGGAAGUGUAACUGUAGGCAUGAAAUGCGAACGGAACAAAUCGGGAUGGGACGCUUCCAGAUGUUCCAGGUUCAAGUGUGUGACGAGUGUCCAAACGUGAAGCUUGUUCAAGAAACAAAAACAUUAGAGGUUGAAGUGGAGGUUGGAGCCCAUGAUGGUCAUGAACAAGUGUUUAUUGGUGAAGGUGAACCGCACAUUGAAGGAGAACCUGGAGAUCUAAAGAUCAGAAUUAAUGUUGAAAAACAUCCCAGGUUUGAACGAAAGGGUGAUGAUCUCUACACAAAUGUUACGAUCUCACUCCAAGAUGCGUUAAAUGGCUUCAAAAUGGAAAUAGAACAUCUAGAUGGACAUAAGGUAACCGUGGAACGUGAAAAGGUAACUUGGCCAGGCGCUCGAUUGCGGAAGAAGGACGAAGGGAUGCCCAACUUGACGAAUAACAAUCUGCGUGGUGUUCUUUAUGUGACAUUUGAUGUUGAAUUUCCUCGUAUUGAGUUGACAGAGGAGCAGAAAAAGCUGGUCUCAGACUUGUUGAAGCAAUCAGAUGUGAAGCCGAAGGUCUAUAACGGUCUUCAGGGUUAUUAG